GAAAUCUGAAGACUUUUAUAGCAAAUCCUCCAGUGUCAAAAUGAACACAGGGUCUGAUUCUCAGUCUCCAGAUUCAGCUUGGAGAUCUUACAAUAACGGAAGUAGAGAGACACUGAAUGGAGACACUAGCAGUUCAUCUCUUUCAGCAAAAGGUUUUAGGAGCGUGCGCCCAAAUCUACAGGAUAAAAAAUCACCAUCUCAGGCUCAGAUCACAGUGAAUGGGAAUUCUGGCACUGCUGCCAGCCCAGUGAGUUACUUUCAAAGGCCUUUUUCCCCUUCUUCAGCUUACCCUCCACCAGCUUCACUCAAUUCCAACAUUGUUAUGAUGCAGCAUGGCAGGAUGAUGGAGUCCACAGAGACAUAUUCACAGCAUGUCGAGAAUGUUGGCAGCACGACCACCACCAGUACAAUACCAAUCUGUAGAUCCUCAGAAGAAGAAAAAAAAAUUACAGUAAUUAAAGCUCCACAUUAUGCAGGGAUUGGCCCGGUAGAUGAAUCUGGAAUCCCUACAGCAAUUAGAACGUUGAAAAAUGCAGAGGCUAGUGUAGUCAUGGAGGAUGAGGAUAAGGCAGAGGUACUCAAUGCCUUAUUUGUGUCUGUCUUUAAUGUCAAAACCAGUUGUCCUCGUGAUAUCCUGCUCCUAGAGUGGCAAAUUGGUGAUGGGGAGAUGAGUAAAACCCCUGUAAUCCAGGAGGAGAUGGUUAAUGACUUGCCAAUUGGACACUCACAAAUCCAUGGGCCCUGA